AUGCCGCAGCAGCCAGACGCCCACCUGGAGAGCCUGCCAACGGAGGUCGUGCUCCAGAUACUCACCCAAAUCGGCGACGUUCAUUGUCUCUGGAACCUGCUCAUCUCGUCGCCCGUUGCGAGCCGGGUCUUCAACCAAUACAGUGACGACAUUUUUUGGCCUUCCGUCACCGACGGCAUCACACCAUCACAGACUCAGGAUGCCGUACGAUGCAUAGUCUCCCUCCGCGCCGGCGCAUUCCGGAGCACGCCUCUGGACCAGCUCGUUGGCAAGAUCAGAGAUCGUGAAGCCGGUAUUGUGCUUGGCCAGAGCCUGGACCUGGGCUACAGCAUUUCGACCAUGGACACCACGGCAAAACCCUCGUUGCACGUGAUGCGUUCCGUGCUAGCGGUCGCCAGCCAGGUACACGCCCUGAGCCGAGUCUGUAUCGGCCAUUAUCUCGCGAAGCUGGUGGCAGCGAAGACAGACGGCCGGCUGGACGCUGCACCCGAGUGGCUGGACGACUUUCGGCCCUCUUGGAUAGAGGAGCAGCGCAUCACUCGUGCUUUCUGGCGUGUCCAACUCGUUUUGGAGCUGAAAAUGGCGGCGCGCACCUCGCUAGUACAGUCUCCGGUUGAUAGGGACGGGGCUCCAGAGGAACUUGACAUUGAGUCAUUUUACGACAGUGAUACUAGUAACCUCAAGGUUGCCUAUCACGAGGUCAUGACGGCAAUGGAGUUCCUGAAGGGCCUGGGGUUUUGCGGAGACCCUGAUCCCACUCGCCCCAUUGGCCGCCUGCCAUUGCCCACCCAUUCUCAAAUGGACAUACCACCAUCAAUGGUCAGGAUGCCAGCCAACUCUGUCACCCGGAGGUCUUCUUUGGUGCUGCCAGCAGAUGGACUUUGGAUUGUGGACAGCAUGGCGAGGAACGCACACUCGCCCAUCAAGUAUGCUGGUUUCCGACCGUAUAGAAACAUGGGGUUCGCGAUCUGGGAUAGAGAGCGACUCGCUCGGAUGGGCUUGGCCAGUCCUCCGGGCAAUGGCCGCGUCACAGGCCUAGGAUCCUACUUUCCAUGCUGGCUGAGUCUUCUCAACCCGCAAGAGAUGGCUCAAGCCGAGGGGAAAAUGAAGGAGGCAGAAUGUCGAGGAGGGCGGCUGGAUCCGUUGCAACCCAUGAUCCAGGACAAUGCGUCCUAG